CUAUCUUGUCGUCCUAUCCCGUCGUCCUAUCUCGACCUCAUAUCCCGACCUCAUACACCGUCCAGUCUUUGUGAGAUGGGGUGUGGCUUGCAAGCCGGACUGACACAUUCACCAGGAGAUGCGGAGCUUGUGGAGUAAGGUGCUGGAAGUCCCAUAUACUUAAAUGGAACUUGAAACAAAAACCCAUCUUUUAUAUAAGGGUGUAGGUUUCUCCAAUCCAGGAUCCUCUGCUGAUAUCUUCUAUAUAAGAGAAUUCUCCUGGAUGACCCAUCAACCAUGGAGAGAGACAGGAACAAAAUGGCCGACAGGAUCAUAAACCUCACCCUACAGAUACUCCUCCAGCUUACUGGAGAGGAUUACACAGUAGUGAAGAAGUCCUCUAGUGGGCGCUGUCGGGCCCCUGUGUGUGAAGGAUGGGGGAGAACCCUGAGCCCAAUCCCGGGGCCCCCACCUCACUCCCUGAUACAUGAGGAAAUGGAUGAACAGAAGAUCCUAGAACUCAUCUACAAAAUGAUGGAGCUGCUGACUGGAGAGGUUCCUAUAAGGUGUCAGGACGUGGCGGUCUAUUUCUCCAUGGAGGAGUGGGAGUAUGUAGAAGGACACAAGGAUCAGUACAAGGAUCAGGUCAUGAUGGAGGAUCAGCAGCCCCUCACAUCACCAGUCAGAUCCAGUAAGAGAACAGCACCAGAGAGGUGUCCCCGUCCUCUUCUUCCACAGGAUGAUCAGGGAGAAGAUCCGAACAAUAUUAAUGCUCCAGAGACAGAUGUGAGCGGUGAUGAGCAGUAUAAAGAGGAUAUUCCUACAGAGAAAGAUCUGAUCUAUAUUAAUUCUCCAGACAUAAUAAUAAAAGAAGAAGUAGAGACAGAUGUGAGCAGUGAUGAGCAGUAUAAGGAGGACAUUCCUACAGAUUCUUGUAGCAGGAGAUCAGAGGAGAAUCUUAUAUCUUCAGAUUAUAAAGCAGAUGAUGAUAUCACACAAGAUACAUAUGAAGAACAUUCCAUUAUCCCAGAUACACCCUCAGCCCUUCACAGCCAAGAUCUGUCAUCUCAUCCUUAUAUACAGGUCCUGUCUUCUCAGUCAUCACAGGAUGUUCAGCAAAAUAAGGAGAAGCCAUUUUCAGAAUGUGGGAAAUGUUUUACUCAGGAAUCAAGUCUUGUUCAACAUCAGAGAAUUCACUCAGAAGAGAAGUUAUUACAUUGCCCAGAAAGUGGGAAAUGUUUUACCCACAAUGCAUAUCUACUCCAACAUCAAAGGACUCACACAAAGGAGAAACCAUUUUCAUGCUCAGAAUGUGGAAAAUGUUUUUUUAUGAAACCUGAUCUUGUUAAACAUCAAAAAACCCACACAAGGGAGAAAUUAUUUUCAUGUUCACAAUGUGGGAAAUGUUUUAAUAUGAAGGCAUAUCUUCUUAAACAUCAGAGACUUCACACAGGGGAGAAACCAUAUUCAUGUUCAGAAUGUGGACAUUGUUUUACCCAGAGGUCAAGUCUUGUUCAGCAUCAGAGAAUUCACACUGGGGAGAAGCUGUUUUCAUGUUCAGAAUGUGGAAAAUGUUUUACUAAGAAAUCAAAUCUUGUUCAGCAUAAGAGAAUUCACACAGGAGAGAAGCCAUUUUCAUGUUCAGAAUGUGGAAAAUGUUUUACCCAGAAAUCAGAUCUUGUUAAACAUCGAAGAACUCACACAGGGGAAAAGCCAUAUUCAUGUUUAGAAUGUGGAAAAUGUUUUACGCAAACGUCAAUUCUUGUUAAACAUCAAAGAACUCACACAGGAGAUAAGCCAUUUUCAUGUUAAGGAUGUGGAAAACGUUUCACUUAGAAAGCAAAACUUAUUAGUCAUCGAAAAGUUAAGGUUUGUGUUAACAUAAGUAUGACA